GGCCGCGAAGCCACGGAAGCUUUCCACCGCAAAGGAAGUCACCAGCGUCGUCGCUGCCAACCAACUCGCAAGCAAAUAUGCUCUCACGCGCUCUCAACAUCGCCGCCCGUCGCGUCCAGCCGGUCGCGCUCGCGAAGCGCCAGAUGUGCAAGGGCGCCAUGUCGGAGAUGAAGACGGGCACGGAGCUGUACAUGAGCCUCUACCCGGAGACGUCGUCGGACGCGUCGCUCCGCCUCGGCAACGUCGUGCCCGACUUCAGCGCCGAGACGACGCACGGCGACAUGCCCUCGUUCCACGAGUGGAAGAAGGGCAAGUGGGCCAUCCUCUUCAGCCACCCGGCGGACUUCACGCCCGUCUGCACGACGGAGAUCGGGCGCCUCGCGCUCAAGUACGACGACCUGCAGGCCAUGGACUGCCUCGUCGCGACGCUCUCCGUGGACCCCGUCAAGUCGCACGAGGAGUGGCUCGCGGACGUCGUCGCGCACUGCGAGAACAAGAUCGAGGUGAAGUUCCCCAUCAUCGGCGACGCGGACCGCGCGAUCUCGACGGCCUACGGCAUGAUCGACCCCGCGACGUCCGACGAGCAGGACCUGCCGCUCACGAUCCGCGCGGUCUUCAUCGUCAACCCGGAGAACAAGCUCAUGCUCGCGCUCAACUACCCGGCCUGCGUCGGCCGCAACAUGGACGAGAUCGUCCGCUGCGUCGAGGCGCUCAAGCUCUCCUACGAGAAGUCCAUCGCGACGCCCGCGAACUGGCCCAACAACCACGCGGAGCUCGUCGGCUCCGUCUUUCUCCUGCCGACGGUGUCCAAGGAGGAGGCCGACGCUUCCUACCCGGGCUACCACACGUGCGACGUGCCGUCGAAGAUCGAGUACCUCCGCCUCGUGAAGCAGGACCAGGUCUAGGCGCCCCACGCAUUGCACAUAGAAGAAGCGGCGCGCGACUAAACCACAUGUCCCCGGG